UGACCUGGGAGUUAACCAAAGUUUUUUGUUUUUAACUUUGGGAAAUGUUAUUUAUUCUACAGUAACCCUCAUGUAAAUUAAAAUAUUCACUAUGGUUUCAAGACGAAUGUUUCGCCGGGCAUGGGUGCUUAUCGUAGUGGCUGGAACGUUCAUUGUUCUUAUUCUUUGGCAGAGCCAAGAUGCAGAUGUAAUACCGGGAUCACAGAGGGACGAUUGGAUUGCCGUCAGAUUACAAAAGAACCAGCACGAGUAUGUGGAUCGUAGAGGCGUUCACGUGGUGGUAGGCCACUACAUGGGAGAGCCGAGCAGCUCCAAGCUCUCACCUAACCUAACAGACGAGUUGGUCAACACCAACAUGUUCGACCCCCGGCCACUGGAGGGGAGGGACGGACAACCGGUUAUCAUCCCUCCACACCUCAGCGGCCGCAUGCAGCAGCUCUACCACAUCAACCGGUUCAACCUAAUGGCCAGUGACCGAAUACCGCUUAACCGGACACUGCCAGACGUCCGCAAGAAAAAGUGCAGAUACAAGUACUUGGACAUCUCCGGACUGCCCACUACCAGUGUUAUAAUAGUGUUUCACAAUGAGGCGUGGUCCACGCUGUUACGCACUGUACACAGCGUCAUCAACCGAUCUCCCUGGACACUACUGGAGGAGAUCAUACUGGUGGACGACGCCAGUACAAGAAAGUUCCUGGGUGCUCCACUAGAAGAGUAUGUGGCCAAGCUGGGGGUGAAGACGAGAGUGUUGAGGACACAGAAGCGUGAAGGGUUGGUGAGAGCUCGACUGCUCGGGGCUCGGAAUGCUACCGGGCAAAUACUCACAUUCCUCGAUGCUCACUGCGAGUGUACAACAGGUUGGCUGGAGGCUUUGGUAGUGCCAGUGGCUCAGGACCGCAGAAAGGUGGUGUGUCCAGUGAUUGACAUCAUCAGUGACGAGACGUUUGCCUAUGUACGCAGCUUCGAGCUGCACUGGGGCGCCUUCAACUGGGAACUGCACUUCCGCUGGUACACACUGGGCGCUGACGAACUCAAGGAGCGGAGGAAAGACAUCACACAGCCCUUCAGCACACCAGCUAUGGCAGGGGGACUAUUUGCUGUAGACAAGAAUUACUUCUUUGAAAUCGGAGCUUAUGACGAGCAAAUGGAAGUUUGGGGAGGAGAGAACUUGGAGUUGUCUUUCAGGGUGUGGCAGUGUGGAGGUAGUGUAGAGAUCGCUCCUUGCUCUCAUGUAGGUCAUUUGUUCCGCAAGUCGUCACCGUACACCUUCCCUGGAGGUGUUACUGACACGCUGUAUGGUAACCUGGCUAGAGUCGCCCUUGUGUGGAUGGACGAUUGGAAAGAGUUCUACUUCAAGUUUAAUCCAGAUGCUGAAAGAGUACGACACAAACAGGCUGUAAGGUCGAGGUUCGCUUUGAGACAGAGGUUAGGAUGCAAGAGCUUCAAGUGGUACCUGGACAACAUAUGGCCUCAGCAUUUUAUGCCGACCAACGAGCGAUUUUUCGGAAAAAUAAAACACAAAAUGUUGGGGAAAUGCUUAGAGAAGCCAGUGGGUAAGGGGAGUCUGAACCAACCGAUGGGUCCAGCUUGUCUUGUAGCAUGUCACGACCCCCCCGCCCUCUCUCAGAUGUUUGUGAUGGACAGGGUGAGUGGGGAGGGCAGUGGGGCAGCUGUCAUGACAGACGAGAGUGUGUGUCUGGACGUGCCUGAUAAGGAUGAUAAGGAGCGGACGCCCAGAGUCAAGGUUAUAGCUUGUAGCGGCUACCCCAGGCAGCAUUGGCUCAGGGAUUUAAAGGCGGAUGCGUUGAAGCACGUCUCAACAGGUCUUUGUCUAGACACGCCAUCUGAUGGAUCGCUAGACCUUGGGCUGGUCCUCAACACGUGCAACGGCAAUCCGAGCCAACAAUGGGAGCUGCUUGAUGUACCGUGGCAGUGAGGACAUUUUUGGUGGUAAAUCUACAAAUUUGAAAAAGUUGCUGUGAGUCAAAGGAAUAAUUUCUUACACACAAAUGUAAGCAGUUGUUUGGUUUCGCUCUGUUACAAUGUGUAGUAUUUUUCUAAUCAUGCUUUGCACUGGUUCACUCUUUCCGUAACAGUAAGUGAUAGAGUUCUAGAAAUAUGAUUCACUAAGAAGCUCAAUGGCCUUGUUGAUUUAGUGCAAGAGUUCAAAGUUAUUUUGCCUACAAAGGGUUCCAUUUGCAUUAAAAAUAUAUGUUUUAAAAAUUUAAACCUUCAAAACACUUAAAAAGUUAAAAGAACAAGAUCCUUCGUAUAGAUGAUGUCGGUGUUCCCCAACCAUAUUUGAUCCUUGUACACUUUCUUUACUCACAAAUGAAUAUACAGUAUUAGCCUAAAUAAACAGUAGUGAAACUGAAUCAGCUGUUACCA